AUGAGAAUGGACGGAAUUGGAUUCUUGCACCUUAUCAUCGGUCGUGAUGAGAGGACCCAGGCUCGUGUUCUUGCCUUGUCCGAGAAUAAUGCUUCUGUUGUCGCUGUGCCAUCGACUUGGUGCUCUGCCCUUUCCAGCAGUGUUCGCGAGGGUCAGGAGGCUGCUUACAUGAAGGCCAUUGCCUCUGCUCUGGCUGCCGAGUACCUGGUUCAGCAGGCAACACCAGCAUUCUGGUUCACGAAGCGGACAAGGUGCUCCGCAAGACAGUCUCGGCUCACGCCAACUAUCUACCUGCAUGAGAUGGUGCCUACCCACAGGCUCAUGGAUGUUUUGCCCCAGGAUGUCUCGGUGGCUGCUCGCCUGGAUGCCGGCUUGGACCGCGCCGUUGCUCGGGUUGAACAGAUCCUGGGAGGAUCGCCAACAAGCUAA